AUGAUAUGGGGAACACCGGAACACAUACGCGCAGAUUAUCGGUACGAGAUUGAAAAAGCAAAUGAAGAUAGCUUUACGGCUUUGGAGGUUCAAGAUGACAAACUUUUAUAUUUUUUUGUUGCCUAUGGGCCAUGCAUAAGAGGAUUUAAGAACAUAAGAAAUGUCCUCGCCGUGGAUGAGACUUUUUUAACGGGCCAAUUUGGUGGUGUAAUGCUAAUUGCAAUGCCAAAUACAAAUGAGUUAUCCAUCAUAUCAGACAGAAAUGCGAGCAUAAAGAAAGCAAUUGCUACAGUUUACGAUCAAGCUCAUCAUGGAGUAUGUACCAGGCACCUUGGGGAAAAUAUUCGUACAAACUACCAUGUUGGUUCUUCAAUCCUUGGUCUAUACUAUGACGCAUCAAAUGCGUAUCGAGUCGAAGAGUUCAAUGAGUAUUUAGAAGAAAUUCGACGCAAAGGUUAUGGUAAUGUUGUUGAAUACCUCAAGAAUGAUGUUGGUUUCGAACGGUGGAGUAGAGUUCAUUUUCCAAGAAGAAGGUAUGAUGUCAUGACAUCCAAUAUUGCAGAGUCUGUGAAUGCCAGACUUGUAAUUGAAAGAGAAUAUCCCAUCAUUACUUUAUUUAAUGCAAUUCAAAGGAUGUUGUGUCGAUGGUUCCAUGAGCGUCGUGGUCCAACGUUGUGCACGAGUAACUAUUUAGCUCUAACGACAAAUACUUUAGUGCGAGAAACUAGACGUGAAAUAAUAGACAAAUUAUCUGUACAACAACUUCACGUGAAUGAGUUUAUUGUUCAAGGGUAUGGUCAGGAUGCAAGAGUUAACAUCAACGACAAAACAUGCUCUUGUAGGGUGUGGGAUCUUCAGCAAUUGCCUUGUGCCCAUGCAUUGGCAGCACUCAGAGCUCAGCGAUUACCAGACUAUGGUGAGAGAGUUUACAAUCUAUGUUCACCAUAUUAUUCAGCAGAAUUCCAUCGGUUGGCUUAUUCAGAGAUUAUAAACCCCGUUCCUCCAUAA